UUUCUCAGCACAGGGAAAGAUGGAAAGAGUGGGGUAAUGACGAUCCAUACCUCUAUAAACAAAGAUACUUUUGUGGGCGAAGGUAUGCCUAUUUCGAGUUUGACAAUUUUAUCGUGUGCUCUCAUGCACGUCAUCGAAAGUGUAACUAAUGAAUUACUACUGGAAAAGUUACAUCGACUAAGUUCAACACGUGAUUUAUCAAUUGGUCCGAUAAUAUAACCUUCAAGUAAAAUGUCUUCACACGUAUUCGCGUUCAUUAUCGGCUUGAUCGGUAUUGUGACGUGUAAUAAUGCGUAUAAUGAUUUUUUCGACGAGGAAUUAAUGCUGAAACCUUUGCCGAGUAAUCACGUUUACGCCUACUUUCAAUUCACCACGAUAUGGGAAACGGCGAAACGUGUGGAAACGCUUCAGCAUUCACAUCUUUUCCCAAGGGGAUUGGGUGAGAUCAUAGGGCGUCACAAUAUUGAUGAGCUACAUGUGACUUUAACAGAGGGACUAUGGAAUUAUAAAAAAUGGGGCUAUCCCUUCCACGAUGCUGGUCCCGGUGCUGAAAUUACUGCCUGGUUUAACAAAAAUGUGACAAAUGUAGAUGAAGGCUGGAAAGGACUGACAAAUGCCUUGGCUGGAUUGCUCUGUGCUUCUCUAAACUUUGUUGAUGCAUCCAACAGUAUGUCACCAGAAUUUACUUUUCGUCCCACUGGAGUCACAAAUGAACCAGUCAAUUCUAGUCACUUGCGCUAUUCAUCCCUACCGAGAGAGAUAGUUUGUACUGAAAACCUAACACCAUUUAAGAAACUGCUACCUUGCGACUCUAAGAGGGGUCUAGCGACAUUGCUGAAUUCUGCACAUAUUCAUAAUACAAAUUAUCAUUCCAUUGGAAUACAUUUUCGGUCAAUAUGUCGCGACAUAACUUGUACAACAACAUCUCUGGAGCUGCGACAGACUGUCUCUUUGAUAUACGACACGAUGACAGACAUGAAUCAGGACUGGUCGAUUCGAAAGUUCUUUGGCAUGGGUCUCAAGGGCGCAUGCCCGCUCGCUACGUUGAGCAACAUAUAUGUUGAUACAUCUAACAACAAUACGAAUCACAUAUACGAAUUGACGCCACCGCCAAGCGCGAAAAUCUUGAGUCUGCGUGGAGGACAGCAGAACGAAAUAGCAGUGUAUGAUAUCCGAGCGCAUUCCAAUAAAGGAAUGUUUAACAUCGCUGCUGUACAUAGUAUGCCAAAGGCAAACACUAUAAACUACCCUUCGAUUCUCUUCGCGAAUAGAUACAUCAUCGGAUAUGGUCAAGAAAGAGGCAGUUUAGUGACGAAACUGUAUAACAAUCACUGGCAGGCAUUAGACGUGAUUCUGUUGGAGAAUAUUCCAUGGUAUUUGUUAGUUUAUUUACAUUCCAUCACGAUAACCAGGAAUGGUCAACAGGUUUCCCCACUGGCGCAGCGUUAUCUGCCCGGGAAGGAAAGAAAGAGUCCGUACUAUUUGGAGUUAAUAUUGCGUCUGCCGCCGCACUCGGUUACGAAGGUCUCCAUUGACAUGGACUACCUGUUUCUCAAAUGGCAGGAGUAUCCACCGGACGCUAAUCACGGCUUUUAUAUGGAACCAGCAGUAGUGACGGCAUUGUUACCUAUAGCCAGAAACUAUACCGCACUGCCACUCGAUGGAAGUACGAUUACCUCGAGUUUCAACGCUUCGCGAGAUAACUAUCUGGUACAAUUACGGACAGAAUCCUUGCUCAUCAGUCUUCCGACUCCUGACUUCAGUAUGCCUUACAAUGUCAUAUGUCUGGCAUGUACGGCCGUCGCAUUGGCGUUCGGUCCACUUCAUAAUAUUUCCACAAAGAGAUUAGUUUUGAAGCCCAUCGAGAAGGACUGGAAAGGUAAACUAUUUUCGUUCUUUGUAGGAAAGAUAUUCAAAACGAAGAGGAAACAGGAUUGAAAAAUCUAAUAUAUAUAUGUAUAUAUAUAUAUGUAUGUAUAUAUAUAUAUAUAUAUUAGAUAUAUAUAUAUAUAUUAGAUAUAUAUAUACAUACAUACAUACAUACACAUACAUAUACUCAUACACACGCACACACAUUCUUGUACUUGUUUGUUGUCAGCCGUAAAUAUAUAACGAAGGUAUAUAUUUACGUUCUUCUGCUACAAGACUGUAAGUUUUAAUAAAUAAGUACGAGGAUUUUUUCUUCACGCAACUUUUCAUAAUUAUAAGAAGAAAGAGUUUUCUCUCAUAGUAACAAAAUACAUGCCUGUUUAUAAACCA